AUAGACUUUUAGGAAAGAAAACUGAUGGGGUUUUCUCUCUCCUACCCUUUUCCUUCUUGUUCUUCUUGGGUUAUAAUUAUGAGAAUCAAUUCAAUAUCACAAGAGAAACUCUCCCUCUUUUUAUCAUUCAACAAUUCAUAUAUUCUCUCUCUCCCCCCUUCCUUUCCUUACAUCACACCAAAUGUAUGAAAUUUCUCUCUCUUAAAUUCUGUUUUAUCUUCCCUUUUGUCCGUUUUCUAAUGUAUUAGCCUCAAAUCAAACAAUCGGAAGGUGAGAAGAAGAAGAAGGAGGAAGAGAUGGCGUCUGGAUUUUCCGGGGAUGUUUUCUACGGCGGAGGUGGUGCUGGAACCGGCGGAGGGAGGGCGGGGAUGACGAGUUUCCGUCAACAACAACCGCAACAGCAGCAGCAGCAACAAUCGCAGGGGAUGUUGUUUUCUCCGAUGGACCAGAUCGCUCAACGGAGAGCGGAUUUAUUGAUGGGGAAACGCUCUUUUGGUGAUUUCCAAGCGUAUCAACAACAAAUCCUCCUUCAACAACAACCGCAACACCACCAACAACAACACCACCAACAACAACAACAACAACAACAACAGCAGAAUCCGCUCUUGUUUUUGCAGAAACAUCAGCAACAGCAACAACAACAGCAACAAUCGCAACAGCAGUUGUCGUUUUUACAGCAACAAUACUUGAUGAGAUCGGUAAAACAAAGAACAAAUGGUUUCGCAUCGUCGUCGCCAAUUUCUCCUCUUUCGCCAACCAUUGAUCUUUGUUCUCCGACUAGCAAUAACAGCAAUUCUCUCUCCUCUUCUUCGGCCCGGUUUGGUGUUCCGAUUUACCAGCAACUCCGUCAACAACAGUUUCAACAACUCCAACAACAGCAGCAGCAACAACAACAACAACAGUUUCUCCACCAUAAUAACCAAUUCAACAACAACCCCACAAAUAAUUGCUUAAUCCCCAACCUUUCUAAUAAUACUAGCAAUAACCUCAUCAACCCGACCCAAAGCCCGAACACGGGAUUCUCUUCUUUGGGGUAUUCAAAUUACGGGUCGCAGCAGAAACCCGACCCGCAGCCUGAUAAUUUUUCCGGUGAUGGUGGUGGUGGGUAUUCGAAUUUGGUUGAGCCAAAGGUGGAAGAAGAGUCAGAAGAUCAUAAGAUCCUUAACACCUUACAGGAGCUAGAGAAGCAGCUUUUAGAUGACGAUGACAACGACGAUGAAAACGAUGACGUUUCAGUCAUCACGAACAGCGAAUGGUCUGAAACGUUUCAGAAUCUCAUGAGCCCGAGUGGGAAUCCAAGCCCGACAAGCCCAGUUCCAAGCCCGAAUACCACCACCAACAACCACGCUUGUUCUAGCACAAGCGGAAGCAGCAACACCAACAUCAUCACCAACAAUAACAACAUGAUAUCACCUUCUCCAACAUCGUCGACCUCCUCCUGCUGCUCCACCUCAGCACCGCCACUUGCGCCACCUCCACCAGAGACUCUCACGGCGAAGCAGCUUAUUAAGGAAGCAGCGACGGCAAUCUCCGACGGGAAAAAUGAUACAGCAACUGAUUUCCUGGCUCGUUUAGCUCGAAUUUCGAAUUCCAAGGGGAGUUCUGAGCAGAGGCUGGCGUUUUACAUGGGUAACGCGCUUCGUUCUCGCGCGUGUCCUAGUGAGUUAUCUUCCCCUGUCAAUGAAAUCUACUCAGAGGAUCAAAUGCUGGCGAUGUACUCGCUGUACGACAUCUCCCCUUGCUUUAAGUUCGGCCUCCUCGCCGCCAACCUGGUGAUGCUUGAAGCCAUCACCACCGCGUUGCAGGAAGGGAUCAAGGUUCAUGUAAUCGAUUUCGACGUUGGCCACGGCGCACAGUACGUUAAUCUUCUCCGCGCAUUGGCGGAGCGCCGCUCACAAAUUAUCCCUUCCGCCGGUGCUGGUUCCGCCGCCGGGUCGUACGAUCUUAAAGUCACGGUGGUGGAAACCGAGGUGGACAACCGUGGGGUGAAGGACUCAGUCAAAGACGGGCUGAUCAAGUUAGCUGAGAGAGUUGGUAUCAGUUUGAAAUUCGAAUCCCUAACUCGGAGGAUCACUGAGUUGACUCGUGAGUCACUCGGGUGCGAGGAAGGAGAAGCGAUUGUGGUGAAUUUCGCCUUCAAGCUUCACCGGGUACCGGAUGAGAGCGUUUCUUCGAUGGAGAAUCUACGCGACGAGCUUUUAAGGCGCGUGAAAGGGCUUAACCCACGCGCGGUUACGUUAGUGGAGCAGGAGAUGAAUGGGAAUACUGCACCCUUUAUGACUAGGGUGAAUGAGUCAUGUGCUUACUAUGGUGCCUUGUUGGAUUCCCUUGACUUGACCCUACCCAAGGAGAACCCGGAUCGGGCCCGGAUUGAGGAGGGGAUCGGGCGGAAGAUGGCGAACUCGGUCGCGUGCGAGGGGAGGGACCGCGUGGAGCGCGCCGAGGUUUUCGGGAAGUGGCGGGCCCGGAUGGGUAUGGCUGGGUUUGAGUUGAAACCGUUAACCCAAAGCGUGGCGGAAUCAAUGCGGGCUAAGCUCGACUCGGCCCGGGGUGGGAACCCGGGUUUUACGGUCAAGGAAGAAAGUGGUGGGGUCGGGUUCGGGUGGAAUGGUCGGACACUCACCGUCGCGUCCGCUUGGCGUUAACUUCACUCUCACCAAAAGGCCCAAACACACCCUUAAGAAACUAGUAGUAGUAUAUUAUUAUUAUUAUUAUUGUUUACCAUUACCUUUGCCAACAAUUGUCAUUAGUAUAAUUUUAAUCUUAAUUUUAAUAUUAGUAGUACUUAAUUAAUUUUUAUUUUCCUUUCCUUUUUGGAUUUUGUUAAUGGGAGAGGGGAAUGUAAGGAGGGAAAACCCCCACCAAACAAAGUAAUAAAAAGAAGGUUGGGGGAAGUGUUUGGAUGGAUGUGAAAGAAAA